GUUUAUGCUUUUGGCUAAUUUCAAUUGCGUUAAUAAAACUCUUCUAUGGACCAAAUAGGAUCUGUUAGACGCCGUUCUUCACUCUUCUCUUCUAAUCAAGGUUUGGAGUUCAGUACGAACGAUAAUGAAAACAUAAAAUAUGAAAAACAGUUGCGUGCGGAAGUAAAAGAUUGGACAGAAUUGUUGCGCUCAAAGUGCAACGAUCUAGUGCAAGCCAAUUCUGCGGUGCGCAUAGUCGAUCAAACACUACUUUCCGAGGAACAGAAACGCUACCUAGCAGACGGACCGUCCAUUGAAAAGUACAUCAAAGAAGUCAAAGCAUUCGAUCGCACAAUGGAAGCCUACAUCGAUCGAAAGAAUAUUCUGUUGGAGAAAAAGGCUUACAUCGUUCAGGAAAUUAGGGCUCUGGUUGAAAUAGAGUUAAAGGAUCGCAUAAGCAAUGAGGAUGAGCAAUGAUUUUUAUGAAGGUAAACAACAAUAUAUACGAAUAAUCUAGUAUUGAUUCAAUGAAAGAAAUAAAAUUAAAAGCCUACCCUCAUCCAAAUGGUUAU